UACAGAAAGACCAAUAAGGUCCUCCAGAUCGCCUGCUUCAUCGCGGGCAGCCAGUUCAUCUUUCACCAGCGGAUUUAGCCCCCUCCGGAAGAUACUGCAUAAAGCCGCGUCGUCAAAGCCGCUCUCUGCAGCGAGGAUGCGGAAAGAGACAGAAUAGUCUGCGACAGAAAGUUUUCCCUGAGUCAGGUCUAGCAGGCGACUGCCAGCUUCUUUACCCCGAAUGGGAUGAUCGAAAACCUUCCUCAUUUCCUCCACGAAACCAGGAAAGGUGUUCCGAAUCUCGGGGUACUGAUUGCUGAUCGCCAUGGACCACGCUGCCGCUUUACCGGUUAGGAGGCUCAUAACGAACGCGACUCUGGAUCUAUCGGAGGAGUACGUGAGGGGCUGUUGGUCAAAAACCAGGGAACACUGAUGCAAAAACUGGCCGCACGAACCAGGUUCCCCACCAUAGCGGGCCGGGUGAGGAAUGUUUGGCUCACGCAAUGAAGUGGCAACCGGAGCAGAUGGCGCAGCGAGGGGACCGUGCGUCGACGCCGCGGUCGCAGGUGAAACGGGACGUGGAAGUUGUCAUUGUUGUGGAAACUGCAAAUAUCCCUCAACCGUUAGAAACGCUUAAUCUAAUGAGACUUGCUGUGGGAACUGUCUCCUUACCAUUGAAGGUAUUAGAUGUGCCAAAUGAUUCUUUCCAAGUGGAGGUAUCAAAUGUGGGAACUGUCUCCUUACCGUUGGAGUUAUCAGAUAAAAUAUUGAUGACAGAUUGGAAUUUGACCACAGCCUGCUAUCAAAACUCUACCGAAGGACUUCAAUGUGAGUGUGAGGAUUCAUUUGGAUGGCCAUGCGACUUCUGUGACACUUACGGUGCAUGCAGCAAUGCCACCACUUCACAGUGUAAUUGCAUAGGUGGAAUUCCUUCAUUUGGGCAGUUUUGUGAACCAAUUUCAACACGGCACUUCCGGUUUUGCACAGUUAUUCGGAAGGCGGAUUCAGUCUACUUCCGCCGCGCUAUGCCGCAACUUGACGCUGGUUUUGGACUGCAACAGGCUAACAGACGAUCAUGCGAAAGAAUCAGACGAACUAUCACAACAACAACAAAAGGUCGGCCUACAACUCCGCCCACAACCCCGCCCGCAACUCCGCCUACAACCCCGCCCGCAACUCCGCCUACAACCCCUCCCGCAACUCCGCCUACAACCCCUCCCGCAACUCCGCCUACAACCCUGCCCGCAACUCCGCCUACAACCCCUCCCGCAACUCCACCUACAACCCCUCCCGCAACUCCGCCUACAACCCCGCCCGCAACUCCGCCUACAACCCCGCCCGCAACUCCGCCUACAACCCCGCCCGCAACUCCGCCUACAACCCUGCCCGCAACUCCGCCUACAACCCCGUCCGCAACUCCGCCUACAACCCCGUCCGCAACUCCGCCUACAACCCCGCCCUCAACUCCGCCUACAACCCCGCCCUCAACUCCGCCUACAACCCCGCCCGCAACUCCGCCUACAACUCCGCCUACAUCAGGUGAAAAUGAUCCUCCAGAAACCCAGGAUAUGAGAGAGACGUCACUUACAUUGGAUAUUGAUUUUGAUGACUCAUUCAACAAUGAAGAAAGUGAACUUAACAGGGACUUUUCAAAUUCCAUGGAAACCCAAGCUGAGAUCCACAUUCCAAGUCUAGUCUCAGUAUUGCUUUUAGGCUUCAGGGCUGGUAGCACAAUUGGUGAUAUCCUAAUUGUUGCAAAUACUCCAAUUCAAGACGCAGCCAUUGAAGCAUUCCUAGCGGGAAUGUUUAAUGACCUGAAGAACAUUUACCCUGUGGUGUUCGAGAGCCGCGCAGGCUUAACGUUUGAACCAAGCCCUGUAUUUUUUGGAGAGACUUUGACUGUGACGUGUGGCCCACCACCAAAUGAUCUAGACUUUCGUAUCACUUCAUCAGAGUGGAGACUUGAUGGUGUCGUAAUAAAUGAAGAUAAUCAACACAGCUUUUCACGAGAAAAUGGACUCGAAAGACUUACCAUCAGAAAUUACUUUUUCACUGAUGAUGGACUCUAUGAAUGUAGGCUCUUUGAUGGAGAAUCCGUUUACCAGAGUAGCUCUGUUGAACGUUUCUUAAUUCAGGAAACACCCAGAAUCAAUGUAGUUCCCCUCCAGAGCAAUCUCAUAUGUGAGGUUGGGCAGCAAGUAUCGGUCCAGUGCUCUGUCCAAGCUCCCUACCAGGUGAUGUUAAGAGGACUCCCAGGAGAAGCUGUGGUUGAUCAAACAAUCCAAGGAGAGACGACAAUAACACAGACAGACUGUGAUAACCAAGGAUUAAAUAUAACUUGUGAAGUGAAUGAUUUCCCUCGUUUCAGAAGAAAUACAACAUUUUUGCUGUUCACAGCUGGUGAUUUCACAUGCUUUGAUGAUCCUGAAUUUGGAAAUGGAUUUUUAAAUGAAGUGGGUAGAGCUUCUUGUGGACCAGAUGAGGUGGGAGAAAUAAAUGCUAUUUGCCGAGAAAGUGGAGAAUGGGAAGAUCGGGAUGACAGCUGCACCCUUCAGAUCUUUGCGGAACUACUUUUUCAAUCUCAGUUUUUGAAUGAAACCUUUUUGCCAGAGUUUCUGGAAGCACUGAGUACUGCCACUACGACACUGAGUGAGCAAGUGACUGAAUCCCCAAACAACAUUGAAGCCAUCGUUAGAAUUCUUGACAAUGUAGCAACCUUUGUAACGACAUCAGAAAUUGAGAUAACUCAGGAGUCAAUGGAGGAUGUCCUUUUAACCACAAGUGUCCUUACCCAAGAUCGUGCAAUAGAAGCAUGGGACACUCUUAACCGUGAAGCUGUCAUCGAAAUCCUGGGAGAAAGAACCUUUUCUCCUAGAAAUGAGAGUCUUAGCUCACUAUUGCUAUUUUCUCUUGAGGGUAUAACAAGUGCACUGACCAACGCUUCUUUUACCAUCGAGACACCGUUGAUUCUCUUGAACAAAACUACAUUCGCAGACAGUUUCAAUGGGGAUUUUAAUUCUACAGUGGAGAUAGAAAUACAGGAGGCUACUGGAGCAACAAACCUCACCGUAAUAACCUUUGAAUCUCUGGAUAAUGUACUUCCUCCAAGAGAUGAAAACAACGCUUCAGGCAGGGUCAUUAAUGGGAGAGUCGUACUUGUUCAGUCUGACUCCAACAUAGACAACAUUACAUUUAGCUUUGACGUCAUAAAUGAGAAUCUGACAAGACCUCAGUGUGUGUUUUGGAACUUUACCCUGUUCGAAGGUCUUGGAGGAUGGGACGAUGAAGGUUGCGAGCUGGUUGUAAGUGAGAAUGAUACGGUUACGUGUCAGUGUGACCAUUUGACCUCAUUUUCAAUACUAAUGUCACCUAAUGUAAUACAAAGCAUUGUGUUGGAUUUCAUAACAUACAUUGGGGUCGGCAUUUCCAUUUUGUCUUUAAUUAUAUGCCUAUGCAUUGAGGCUGCUAUCUGGAGAAAAGUUAUCAAGAGCAGUACAGCACACUUACGGCAUAUUUGCAUUGUUAACAUUGCAUUGUCCCUCCUCAUUGCAAACAUUUGGUUCAUUGUCGGUGCAGGUGUCUCUGCAGGAAAUAGAAGCAAUGCAAGGGCAUGCACUGCUGUUACCUUUUUCAUCCAUCUCUUUUACUUAGCCCUCUUUUUUUGGAUGUUAAAUUAUGGCUUGUUGCUGUUUUAUUACACAGCCUUUGUCUUUGGAAGCCUUUCGAAAAUAACUUUGUUGGCUGUUGGAUUCUGUGUUGGCUAUGGGGCCCCACUGAUUAUCACAACGAUUACUAUAGCCGUAACUGCACCGGUUAACGAAUAUAUUCAGGAAACUGCAGUAUGCUGGCUCAACUGGAAUAGGUCCAGAGCGCUGCUGGCAUUUGUGGUUCCGGCAUUGCUGAUUGUGUUUAUAAAUGUUAUCAUCCUAAUUGUAGUUAUAGCUAAACUACUGAGGAGUCGAGGAAGGGCAAGUACUGUGGUAGGGGAUGAGAAGAAUGUCAUUGGGGACCUUGCUCGGACAGUGACCCUUCUAACACCAUUUUUUGGAAUAACGUGGAGUCUUGGAGUGGGAACACUACUUGACCCUGACAAUCUUGGACUACAUGCUACGUUUGCCCUCUUUAAUUCUCUACAGGGUUUCUUCAUAUUGGUUUUUGGAACGCUCUUGGACAGUAAGGUCCGGUCAGAAAUUUCGAAAGUCAUACCUCAAACCUCUGUUAGUGGGACAAGAACUGCCAGUUCUGGAAACUCAAGUAGCUGGCAGUUUUGGAAGAAAAAAGGCAGUAACACCCAUUCAUCUAACGUCACUGAUUCAUCUCGUGUUGCCAGCGCUUAAUGACCAGUCUUACAUCCCUGCUCAGACUUCCCAAGAAACAAAGCUUUGCCGAAUACUGUUUUAGUAUUCCAAGAUUAAGAGUCAUAAAGUUUUUACAGCUAAAAAUAAACAAAAACACAAAAAUGUUGUUGCUACUUUUUAAGACUGUUUAGAAAUGUAUUAAGCUGAAUUUACUGUAUAUAUUUCUGUAAUCAUAGUAUAACUUUGGAGUAACUAAAACUGCUUAGAGUAUCUACAAAUGUUUUUUUUUUCUCUGUGUUUAUGAUUGGAACUUCCUACGUUUCUAUGUUUUUGUCACC